GUAUGGCAAGGCAAACUUAAACCAGUAUGCAGAUUUGGACGGAGUACAAUAAUGCUCAACAGCUCAAGACUGCUUUUGACGUACGAAUAACUCAUAACGCCCUCUCCGUCCCCGACCAGAAUCGUCACUUCCUCCGGCUCCGGCGAUCUCCUCCACCGCCGUUGUCAGCGGUCCGGCCGAGAUGGGGAGCACUUCCUCUAUGCUCACCCAAUACGAUAUCGAGGAGGUCCAGGACCAUUGUAACCACGCAUUCUCGCAGCAGGAGAUCGUGUCGCUGUACCACCGCUUCUGCCAGCUCGACCGCAACGGAGGUGGCUUCGUCUCCGCUGACGAGUUCAUGUCGGUACCUGAGUUCGCCGUAAAUCCCCUCUCCCAGAGGCUCCUGAGGAUGCUGGAUGGUCUCAACUUCAAGGAGUUUGUAGCAUUUUUGUCGGCUUUUAGCCCCCGCACAAGCCUACAGGAAAAGAUUGAAUUUAUUUUCAGGGUUUAUGAUACUGACUGCAACGGGAAGGUUGCUUUUGAUGACAUCUUAAGCAUCUUGCGAGAUCUGACAGGUUCAUUUAUGACAGAGCAACAGAGACAGAAAGUCUUGACUCAUGUGUUAGAAGAAGCUGGGUACACAAAAAAUUCACAUUUCACACUCCCAGACUUUAUGAAGGCAAGGUUCAACUCUUCUGAUCCAUUUGCUGCUGCUUGCAUACUAUCGAAUCAAUGAACGAAAUGUUUUUGUUAUGGCAUCUGCUUUCUGCAAAUACCUUUAUAACCGAAUUUAGGCAUUAAAAUCUGCCACCUGCUAUUGUCCAUUCGCUUAUCUUUCAGUAAGUCAAACAAUGAACACUGUGAGUGUGUAGCGUUUACAAGUCGUCCGAUUAAUUGUGAUAAGCCACGAUUAAUCGGCCUAGUCGGUCUAUGGUAGUCGGUCUAUGGAGGUUGAUCAGGGUCACCAAGGCGACUAGCUUGACUAGAAACCUAGUCAUCCGACUAGUCGUCGCCUAAUCGCGAUUAGUCGGAGGGGGAUGACCAGGCUGGAUCUAUGAUUGCCUGUCCUAUUCAUGGACCUGCUGAACUAGGCUUAGUGGUGGGCUAUUGGGCUGCCAAUUUGGCAUGUUAGUUUAGUAUAAAGGUGCACAGACCACCAAAAACACAGAGAAAGGAGGCAGCACAGAUUUCCUUCUCCCACACCACUACAAUUCCUCGCACAUGCGUUGUCAUUUAUCUCCUGUGCGCCUUUCCUCCUCCCCUGAUUGCUAUUCUUUGUCUCCUGCACACUAUUCUUUGUUCAAUGUCGUUCAUGCGGUGAAGCCGCCACCCUUCUUCGUGAUGACUCUGCAUAUUGUGUGUCCUUUCCCUACUCCCCUAUGCCUCACUCCACAGCACUAGCCCUGCCCCCUUGCUUGCUUGCUGUGCUACUGCCCCUCAGUUAGUCUGAAUGCUGGGUGUGCUACCCCUCUGCUACUCUGCCCGCGAUCCGUGGACUCCCCUGCACGCGAGUGGGUCGUCUCUCCUGCUCAGCCACCGUCGCUGUGCUUCGCCGUGCAGUCACCUGCACGCGACCGCUCGGUUCCCGACAUCAUUAGGCAACUCCUCCCGCCCGGCCGCCGCGUCUCCUAUCUCCGUCGUGGCCACUGUCCAGGACCGGUGUUGCGGCCGCCGUCUAGGUCUCUUGCCUGGCCGCUGUUUCGUCGCGGCCUCCGUCCAUCGGCCAGGACCAGCAUCGUGGCCACUGUCCUGGGUGAGGUCUCUCGCCCGGCCGCUGCUUCGUCGCGACCUUAUUUCGCCUACGACUUCCACUUCUGCUGGGCCACCGUCUAGGCCUGGUUUCGUUGUGAGUCUCUUACCGUGUGGCCCCUGCAGAUGAGUGGGCGUCUCACGAGGUGAAAGGAAAAAAAGAAAACAAAAAAGGGAAAAAAGAAAAGAAAAAAGAAUAGGACAGUUUGCUGUUACUUGUGCCCCUACCCUUAUUACGCUCUCGUCGCCUGCCACAUCGACUGUCAAGAUGCUGCCUUACUCGACUUCUUCGUCUGGUGGUCUUGCGAUGUCCGAUGCUUUUCAAUGUCACCAACUAUCGAGAUUGGGUUCCCAGCAUGCGUCUACACAUGUGUGGUAUGUGUCUUUGGGAGUUUCUCACGUGUCAUCUAAAGUACUAUCACGUGUAUGUGGGUUUAUAAGGUUAAGAUGGUUCUCUUGAGCGCUAUAAGGCUCGAUUGGUUGCUCGUGGUUUUUAGCAGGAACAUGGCCGUGAUUUUGUUGAGACUUUUGCUCCAGUUGUUCACAUGAUGACUAUUCACACUCCUCUUGUUGUGGCCUCUGUUCGUGAGUGGUCCAUCUCUCAGCUUGAUGUCAACACUGCAUUUCUUAAUGGUGAACUGCGUGAAGAGGUCUACAUGCAGCCACCGCUUGGGUAUUCUCUUCCUGAGGGUAUCAAGAAACAAAAACUCCACGAGCUUGCUUUCAGCGCUUUGCGUCUAUUCUCUUCCUGAGGGUUUAGGUCUACAUGCAUUUGUCAUCUUCGCCGGCUCGCCGUUCUCUUUAUGGUCUCAAGCAAGCUCCACUAGCUUGGUUUCAGCGCUUUGCGUCUAUGGUCACGUCGGCUGGGUUUUCUGCCAACGCUCAUGAUCAUGCGCUUUUUGUGCAUACUUCAUCUCGUGUACGGACUCUUCUUUAUGUUGAUGAUAUGAUCAUCCCAUGAGAUGAUCUUUGUUAGACUGUGUGUGUGGGCCGACACCAUUGUUGGGCUGCCGGCCCAUUAGGGUUAGGAUUCUGUGUAUAUAUAUGUAACCACCAUCUCUAUGCAAUACAAUCAAGCAGUCACUCUCUUACAUGGUAUUAGACUAGGUUAAGGUUAGGGUUUGUAACCCACCACAUAGCCACCACCUGCUUGAGAGGCCAGGAGCCACCACCUACUUUGCGUCGCCACCCCAGAAGGCUCAUCCCUCCCUCCCGGGGCGGCACCCAUCCCAUCCGUCGACUGGCUCCCUCUCCCUUAUCUCCUACCACCGCCCUGUUCCAAGCACCGACUCUACGCCGAGCCCCUUCUCAAGCCGUCUAGGCCACUGUCGACCCUGCCAUGGAGCUGACCCCUGCCUGGCUGGAACCACCCUGUCGCCCUCCUCCCGUUCAUCGCCUUCGUUGGAUCCGUCGACUAUCGCUGUUGUGGCCUUCCCGGUCGGAUUCACUGUUGCUGCAACCUUCCCGGCUAGAUCUGUCGUCCCUUUGGCUAGAUCAUCGUCUUCCCGGCAGGAUCCGUCGCUGUCAUGGCCAUCCCAACCGGAUCCGUUGUUACCCCUUCUAUUCUGCCAUGAGCGCGACCACUAUGACUGACGCAGACACGUACACUGCCGUCGGCCUCCCUGGCGGGGUUCCUCGACGUCCGGGCGAUCGAAGAAGCAAGAAGGUCGGCUUGCUGGUGCUCUUUUGUUGUGUCGCCCUGCUAACCGUUGACGCUCGAACGUUGACCCCUCCCGAAGCAUAGGCUACUGCUGCGUGUCUCUCGACCACGACCACCUCGACUUCGGCUACCUCGACAUCCAUGGGCUAUCAUCUUCUCGGAGUCCACACCGGUCUGUACCCCAGCCACAACAUUCGCAUUCUCACGAUGUUGUGACUGCGGGGGGAUAUCAACCCGUCGGCUCCUACCUUCGGCUUCUACUCUAGUCUCAUUGUGUGUGGUGCCCCCGUUGCGACUGCGAGGAGAUGUUAGACUGUGUGUGGGCCGGCACCACUGUUGGAAUGUCGACCCAUUAGGAUCACAGUUCUGUGUCUAUAUAUGUAACCACUACCUCUAUGCAAUACAAUCAAGCAUUCACUCUCUUACAAUCUUGAGUAUAUUGCCUUCGACAAGGCACGUCUUAGUGAGCAGUUUCUCAUGUCUGAUCUUGGUCCUCUUCAUUAUUUUCUUGGCAUAGAGUUUUCCUCUUCAUCUGAGGGUUUUAUUUGUCUCAAGAGAAGUACAUUCUGGAUCUUCUUGAUUGGGCCUCUCUUACUGAUCAGCGGACAAUUGAUACUCUUAUGGAACUCAAUGUUCAUCUUCGUGCCAUGGAUGGUGAACCUCUUGAGGAUCCUACUCGUUAUCGGUAUCGCCACAUUGUUGGGAGUCUUGUUUACCUUGGUGUUAUUUGUCCUGAUAUAUCAUACUUUGUUCAUAUUCUCCAUCAGUUUGUUUCCGCCCCCACUCAG